AUGUCAAACCCAUUCGGUUCAGCAUGGCGCUCCUUUUGGCAUACAAUGACUUCAUAUGAUCGACACGCGUCUCACGAUUCUCCUUACCGAACGGGCAGACAUGUUCCUCUCAGUCAGAGCCGCCAUGAGCCUUUAACAUCGAUUGCGACAAGCGCCAUUGAGUCCCGACCCGAUCUCACAAGUCCGUACGAAGAUGAGCAGCCCAAUGGAGUCACGUCUCCGAACCGCCCUUACUCCCCCGGGAUGCGAUCGAUGUCUUCAAACGCUCGACGAUCUGCGGACCACGGUGCGGAAGGGGCACCGGAGAUUCAGAUGCAGAGUUUCCACGACGGCGCGCCGCCUCCGCCGCCCGUAAGCCAUUCAUGGAGAAAGAUAGAGCGAUGGUUGGAAAACAAUUUUGAAGAGCUCUACGACAAUCUCUGUGAAGGUUGCACCCAAAACGAUAUCAAUGAGUUGGAACAUGAGUUAGACUGCAGCCUUCCCCUGGAGGUUCGAGAGUCUUUGAUGAAUCAUGACGGCCAAGAACGCCCUGGUUUGCCUACAGGUAUUAUAUUUGGGUGCAUGCUACUUGAUUGCGAGGAGAUAGUUCAAGAAUGGAAAAAUUGGAGGACGGUGAACGAAGAAUUCCUCGCGUCUCCAGCCAUGAUCAACGCUCCGAUCCCAAAGGCUACCGCAAGCUCGUCAUCUGCUGUUCCUCCUCCUCAAGCGUCCAAUACACUGUGGCGGCAAGACCUUUCUGACCGACAGGACUCACAACCUCCUGGUGCAGUUCAGAAGGCUUACGCACACCCGGCAUGGAUUCCAAUUGCUCGUGAUUGGGGCGGCAACUGUCUUGCAAUCGAUCUGGCACCGGGACCCGCAGGGAAAUGGGGACAAGUCAUCAUCUUCGGCCGAGAUUACGAUUGUAAAUACGUGGUUGCACGGUCCUGGGCCUCCUUUCUGGCUGUUUUGGCGGAUGAUCUCUGUGGCGGCAAGGCUGUUGUUGAUGAAGAUACGAACGAACUCAAGCUCCUAGAGUUCAAGGCUCAGAAUGUGGAACCUCCGUACCUAGAAAUUCUACGAUGGAGGACGGACCAAAAAUACGGCCGUAAGGCACCUCGCCGCAAAGCUCCCAACGGCCUAGGACUCAACACUGGGUGCAGAUCCGGAAAGGAGUCCCCUUAUGGGAGCCCAGGUCCAAGUGAAGAGCGUGGCAGGUCGCCACACCGUUUUCCCAAUCGCAGUUCAACUCAGAGCCCCAAGACUCAGUUCGGUAUCUCUAGCCCGCUUGCUCGGGUUACUGAAGAGGUCUCUAGUCCUAUCCAUGCAAUCGCCGAAAGCGAUGAUGGCGAAGACGACAGCAAACGCGAGUCAAAAAGUUCCCAAGCGGAAGAUUUACUGGGAGUUACAACCCCACAGACCUCAGGAAAGGAGAAUGAAGGAUUCGAGAACCAGACGCCCGCGAGUAAGACUGAUCCUGAAAAAGUGCAAAGACGCGAAUCGAACCAGAGUGCCUCGACACCCGGCCUGGAUGGGGAAGUCCUGGGCGAAAUGAAGAAUGUCGCCAUCUAA